UACAAGGCUGUCGCUGUCAUGCUGUCAGUCUCAAUCAUUUGUUGAUUUCAAGAUUUUUCAGUUUUUAAUAGAUUUACGAAAUUUUUAUUUUCAAACCAUAAUUGGCAGUGUAUUUUCAGCAUAAAUGCUUGAUUAAUAUUUAUAAAGAUGAUUUUAAUAAAGCAAGUGAAACUAUAGGGAUUUACAUACUGCCGAGAAAAAUUACAAUGAGAUAAUAAUAAAAAUGUUAUUAAAUUCGUUCUGAAGCAGCAGCUCUACAAUGAGGUCUAACAACAAAAAUACCUUAUUAAAAGUUGUGAUUUUGGGGGAUGGUGGUGUAGGGAAAAGUUGUUUAAUGAAUAGAUUUGUGUCUAAUCAGUUUGAUGAACAUUCUUUUCACACAAUUGGUGUUGAAUUUUUAAACAAAGACAUAGAAAUUGAUGGUGAAACUUAUACUUUGCAGAUUUGGGAUACUGCUGGACAGGAACGUUUCAAAACUUUGAGAACACCAUUCUAUAGAGGUAGUGAUAUAUGUAUGUUAACUUAUGCCAUUGAUGAUAAAUCAAGUUUUAAGAAUAUCCAGAUGUGGAAAAGUGAAUUUUUGCACUAUGCCGAUAUCAAGGAAAAUUCUCAGUUUCCUUUCAUUGUAGUGGGGAAUAAGUCUGACGUCACAGCAGAUGAACGGGAGGUACCUCAGUUGGAAAUGGAAACAUGGUGUAAUGAAAACUCAAUAACAUCCUGUAUAGAAACGUCUGCGAAAAAUGCCAGUAAUGUACAAGAGGCUUUCAAGAUGGCAGUUCAGUAUUGGCUGAGGCUUGAAUCUAGAGCCGAUAAGAUAGAUCCUAUCAUCAAUGACACUGUAGAUUUGAGGAAAAAACAUUCCGAACAUAGGAGUUCUUGCUGUGUCAGUUCAGGUGAUGAAUAGACAUUUUAAAUCGUUUGAAUAUUUAUAUCUAUGGUCUAUCAGUGUGGAUAAAUUUAGAAAUGUAUAGACUAAAUAUUUUAAUAUAGUUUUCAAUAAAUUAAUCAAGUUUUUCAAAUUUUAUUUUGGAUAUAUU